GCGAAGAAAAAUGUAUAUAAAAUAUAAAAAACCUAUCAAGAAAUAAGUUGGAAUACAUUGUAAAUACCUGCCCGAAAAAAUAAACAAAGCUACCCGCUCACCACGCCUUCACGUUUGUUUGAUAACAUACGCAGCGCCACCUCGCGGCCAAACGGCGCAUUUUGUGAAUGUAAAUAAAAUCUCACGCCACAAAACAUUCGUUAACAAAAACAAGGGGAACAAUAAAAGCAAUAAAUUAUAACAAUUUUAAAGACAACAAAAAAGAUAACACUUUUAUAUGCAAGCAGAGAUAGUUACCGCGAGCGAUAGGGUGAACGACAGUCCCCCACAGACAAGGAACAAGGCGACAAAGACGACAACGGAUGUGGAGACGUACGAGACCCGGCAGAAAAGGAAGGCCAUGGAUGACUACGACAUCGAUAUCGAUCUAAAUUUCGUGCAACUGAGCCGCCAGCAACUGCUGCAACGCUACAGCACUGCCGUGCGCAAGCUGCGCCGCCUAGCCGAGGCCCACCGUGAGGUGCGGCCCCUGUCCUUUGACAGUUAUGUGCUGUUCCAGUACUUUCAGCAGCGCAACUGGCGCCAGCGAAUGGCCGGCAUGGGCGGGGGCAGCGCAACGUUGGUACCGCCGCCGCAACUGAUGGCUUACCUCAAGCUAGAGGUACUGCACCAUUUGCUUGACCGCCGGCGCCAGAUCCUAUGCUGGCUCUUCUACCUUACGCUUGUGUCGCUGUGCGUGGCCGCAUACCGCUAUGAGACAUCGAGCGGUAGCAACGAGCGCGUAGUACAGUCGACGGUGUACCCCGGGAUGCGGAUGUGGCGGCGGAUGACCAUGCCGCUGAUCCAGCGCUUUCCCCGGCUGACCGAGUUCUACGACGAGUCCUGUCUGAUGGGCAAUCCGUUUUUCCAGAUGGAGGACCUCAGCUGCGGCCCCUGCGCCAAUGUGGAGAGCGUCUGGUUUGAGAGCGAUGAGUGCGCCCAGUUACAUGCCCCUGUCAGCGGCAGCGAUAAGGGCUUAUCCUUGCUCCUCAAGUGCCGCCAGACAAUGGCUGAGGGGGAUAGUGUGCCGUUUGCGUUCAAGAGCCAACAGGAUGCCAUGGUUCUAAGCGAAUUUUACAACAUCUAUACUAGCAACCACAUGAUCUUCCAGCGCGAUGCGUACCGGGUGCACUCCACAAACCAGGGUGUCCACAAUCUCGAGGAUCUCUUUGGCCAGUUCAACAGCAGCAACAGUGACAUGAACACGAAUAUCGAUCCGCCUACCUGGACACAGCAGGCGCACAAUCUGUGGCGCUGCAAUCGCAUGCUCCCCGCUCGCUUGCUGCGCCCCAUCUUCGCCCGGCCGUCCCGCCUUCCGAGCCUGGGCGUUGCUUUAGAGCGCUACGUGGCCAUCGACACGGCCCAGGCGCCGGCCUAUACGCUGCCUGAGACGGAGUGCCCCAAUGUGUAUGUCCACCAGGCGGUGGGCACGCGCUUUAUCAUCCUGCGCCCCACCAGCGAGUGUCGCCACCGGUGCCGCACCCUCUCCAUUCGCCUCACACAGUCCUUUGUCCUCAGCUAUAACUGGUUGUAUUGGAAGCCGAUCUCGGCCCCGGAUCCCAUAUCCGAGUCAUUGUCCAUCAGCUUGAUCGGUUCUUACUGCUAGAGAUUUUCUUUCAUCCAAGCGCCAUAUACAUUCAUACGCAUAGUGCAUAUACACACAUAUAUCCACGCCCAUAUACAUACAUACAUCCGCGAUGCAAAAUUAGUCAACGAACAUGGGAGUCCCGGCUCGGCUCAAGGGCUCUAUGAAACCCAGAAUCCACGCCAACGAACUGGAAGAAGAAGAGAAGCGUCCAUUCCAAAUGGCCAGCACAUCGCGGGAUGUUUCUUCUUUGUUUCUUUUUUUAUUGUAGACCCUUUCUAGUGGCAUUUUGUGUGUGUCGUCCUGUGCAAUUCUCAGUCCUAGUUUAUAAGAAUAGAUAGCCUUAGUCAGCAUGGUCUUGUCCUCCCCGUUUCGGUGUUAUGUUCGUGUCCUUUUGACCACUUUGCAUUUAUGCUCGGUUUAACCUCAGUCUAAAUCGACCCCUAAUCGUGUUACAGAGAUAAGUGAGAAAAUAAAAACAGAUUCGUUCUUUUGUAAAUAUC